AUUCAGCUUGUCUUUCCAGUGGAGUGGCCGGUGUGAGCAGUUAUCAGUCCCGUGAACACCACGUAGCACACAGGCGAAGGACAGAUAUAAAGAUGCCCCCCAAAAAGGGAGAAGCACCGAAACAGGCCCCAUUAAUUGGACGAUUUGGCACAUCUCUGAAAAUUGGAAUUGUGGGAUUACCUAAUGUUGGGAAAUCCACAUUUUUCAACGUGCUGACCAAAAGCCAAGCUGCUGCAGAGAACUUCCCAUUCUGCACAAUUGACCCAAAUGAGAGCAGGGUACCUGUUCCCGAUGAGCGCUUUGAUUUCCUCUGCCAGUACCACAAACCAGCCAGUAAGGUUCCUGCGUUCCUCAACGUUGUGGACAUUGCUGGUCUCGUGAAGGGAGCUCACGCAGGACAGGGACUUGGAAAUGCCUUCCUCUCCCACAUCAGUGCCUGUGACGGCAUCUUCCACAUGACCCGUGCAUUUGACGACGAGGAUAUUAUCCACGUGGAGGGUAACGUCGACCCUGUUCGGGACAUCGAGAUCAUCCACGAGGAGCUCCGACUAAAAGAUGAGGAAAUGAUCGCUCCAAUUAUCGAUAAACUGGAGAAAACCGCAGUCAGAGGAGGUGACAAAAAACUCAAACCUGAAUAUGAUAUCAUGGUGAAGGUAAAGAACUGGGUGGUGGACGAAAAGAAACAUGUCAGAUUUUACCACGAGUGGAACGACAAAGAGAUUGAGGUUUUGAACAAAUACCUGUUUCUGACAUCCAAGCCCAUGAUCUACCUGGUGAAUCUUUCUGAGAAGGAUUACAUCAGAAAAAAGAACAAGUGGUUGGCAAAAAUCAAGGAGUGGGUAGAUGCCCAUGAUCCAGGUGCUCUGGUCAUUCCCCUGAGUGGAGCUCUGGAGUUCAAACUGUUGGACAUGGAAGAGGAGGAGAGGAAUAAGUACUGCGAGGAACUGAAGACACAGAGUGUUCUGACCAAAAUAAUAAAGACCGGCUAUGCAGCGCUACAACUGGAAUACUUCUUCACAGCGGGACCAGACGAGGUGCGAGCGUGGACCAUCAGGAAAGGUUCAAAGGCUCCUCAAGCUGCAGGAAAGAUCCACACUGACUUUGAGAAAGGCUUUAUCAUGGCCGAGGUGAUGAAGUACAGUGACUUCAAGGAGGAGGGCAGUGAAAGUGCAGUCAAGGCUGCUGGCAAAUACAGGCAACAGGGCAGGAACUACAUCGUGGAGGACGGGGACAUUAUCUUUUUCAAAUUCAACACACCCAAUGCCCCCAAAAAGAAAUAAUGAGGCUGCGCAGUCACCAGAGGGAGAACUCAAAAUACUGUUCAGUCAGGCCCCUGAGGUCUACACUUGUCUGCUGGUUUUCAUACUUCUCUCUUGAAUUCUGAGGAUCAACAUGCGGCCUGGUUGGCCAGAGGUAUUUACUCACCUUGCCUCCCAGGUCUGGACCACAGUCUAUUAAAAUGAUUCUGUAUAACACCGUUUUAUGCAAACCCACCAUGCAUUCCUAUGUGUAAGAAUAUGAGCUAUGAAAUGGAACCAACUGCACUACCAGUCAAAUGGUUUUUAACCUACUAGCAUUCACAGUCACAACUGAACUGAACUAUAACCGAAAAGAAAAAUGUAUACUUUUUGACUUAAUUGGAAAUGGUCUGAUCAGGAACCUGUAACAGAAUUCAAACUGUAUGCUCAGGGUAUGUCCAGUUUUCUGGUGAGUUUUCAUCAUUUAAGCCACACAGCUCAAAGAUACUUAACAGGUUUAAUUAAUGUUGAAUUUUUUCUCCCAUUUAUCUUUAAGACCAUGUUUCAUUCCUCUGAGUAAUAACGGCUUAUCUUUGCAGUCAUUACUUGAUCAUUACCUGCAUUAUGACUGCUGAUUAAUUGGUGAGCUCUCAGAGGCUAAUGAGUCUCUUAAUUAGUGUUUUAUUAAAGGCAGCUAACUGGCUUCUGUAUCCAUGGAAACAUGUAAAUAGUGCGGGAAAGAAUUCUGAGUAUUAUACAGCAGUCUGCUACAGGUCCCUCAUCACAGUUAACAAAAACUAGGCCAUCCUAAAUUGGUCUUUAAAAUUGAUAAGACACUGGAGACUUACUGAAAAAUGCUAAAAUAUACAGUGUCCAUAGUCAUUUGACUAGCAGUGUGUUUACUUCCAAGAGAGAAUGAAAUCCAUCACUGUGUUUAACUUAAGGCCAGUGCUGUGCUGUAUUCUGAGCAGGAAGGAUAAUGUUAUUUUAGAAAGGGCAAAGCAGGCAUCCCUUAUAGUGCCUGAUCAGACACCUGAACAGAGAAUGUUGUUAUACACACUGCUUUUAUUGACUUACGUUUUGGCUUGAAAAAAACAAAACAAAACAAAAAAACCCAGACUCUUCACUUUAUGAACUCCACUGUGCAUAACAAGAUAAUGCUUCAUUGUGAAUCUGGACAGCUACAAGAGUGCAUCAUCAGGAUUGUACUGCUUCAAAAUGCUUCUAGUUUCACAUCCCCUCACAGCCUCCACAGUGUGUCUUUAUUUUUCAGAGUACUUACCAUCCCCUUACCAAACCUUGCCAAAUUGUGGACCUAGAAACCCAGUGGUCUUUAUGACCUGUAAUGAGUUGCAGAGGAAUAGGGAUACACGGAACACAGUUUUAAGAUGUUACUUAAAAGGGAGCAAAGGUCUAAUAAAUCCUCAUCCUCAUCAAUAUGCAUGUGUCAAUAAAAGGAAACAAUCCUC